AUGGUUUUAAAACAAAACUUAGAAAAAGAUUUGAAGAACUUGAAUAAAAGAUUUAAGGACUUAGAACAAAGCAAAAAGAAAGCAGAUGAUGAAAAUCAAUUGCUGCUCUCCUUUUUAUUGAAUGAAAUCGGUAGUAAUGAUUUAGAUAAUUUAAAAGAAUUAUUAGCAGGACAAAAACUUACUGAGAUAUUAGCAGAAUUAGAUAGCCGAAAGCAAGAAAUUCAAAAUUUAAGCUUUGAUUUAACAAUAACAAGAGAAAACGUGGGCGCUCAAUCUAAAGAUUUUGAAGAAAAGAUUAAAGCCAAGCAAGAAACUAUUAAUACACUAGAAGAAAUUAUAAAAGAACGAGACGAAGACGUCAGAACCAAGCAAGAAAUAAUUA